AUGGCAAAAAAUGUCCUCAGGAAGCAGCGAAAUUGGGAGAGGAUCCUGGCGUCGAAAAGGAGCAAAAGGCGUGAUGAGAAGACAAAGAGGAAACAGAACCGCACUGAUGUGGACAACCCCCAGUUUAGCAAACGUGUCACUAAGGCGAUCACCAAGGAGCGUUUAGCAGAGGCACAGACUUCGGGACCCAAACUGUGCUUAGACCUGAGCAUGACAGACUACAUGUCAGACAAGGAAAUAAGCCGUCUUGCUAGUCAGAUAAGGAGGCUGUACGGGUCCAAUCGUAAGGCAACUCGGCCCUUCCAUCUCUACCUGGCAGACCUGAGCCAGGACAGCCGAUUGUACAGGGAGUGUCUCAGGAUGAACGAUGGCUUUCAUAACUACGUGAUGGAUGUGACCGAGGCGAGCUGCCUGGACUUGUUUCCUCCUGAGAACGUGACCUACCUCACACCAGAUGCUGAAGAAGCCUUGGAGAGAAUAGAAUCGGACAAAGUGUACGUUCUCGGUGGUCUUGUGGAUGAAAGUAUUCAGAGGAAGAUCACUUACAUGAGGGCCAAGGAACUGAAGGUGAGGACAGCAAGACUGCCCAUAGAUGAGUACAUGGUGAAAAAGGAAAACCCCAAAAACUUUUACUCAAAGAUCCUCUCCAUUAAUCAAGUGUUGGACAUCCUGUUGACGUUAAGAGACACUGGCAGCUGGAUCAAAGCUCUUCAGGCUUGGUUUCCCCAAGGGAAGGGCUUUGUUGUCGCACCUGAGGCUGCUAAUCAUUCCGUAUCAGGGCAAGACAUGAAUGUCACGUGUACAUAAGUUUCAGUAUUUUUCAUUGUUUUUGGUUAUGAACGCAGUACGCAAAUGCUACUGGUAGUGGGUUUUGUAAUUGAGUUUUCUCGUACGUAUAUUUACUUUUGCAUGACCGUGUGCAUGCACAUACAUCUGCACUGUCAUUUGCAGCUGGAUCACCGGUACUGUUGAGAUGCCUGACAGCUGAGAUUGUAGCUUACAUUUUUAAGACAAAAUGUAGGGCCCCUUUACAAGUGCAGGACAGAUGUGAUAUACAUUUAUUUGUUAGACGCUAAUUACAGUUGAUGUUUUUUUUUAAAUUGUAUUCUUGUUAUAUUCUGUGCAUCUAUGUUGU